CUCCUCCUCCUCCUCCUCACUCGCACAACCCCAACAUUGGUUGGUUGAUCAUAAUAUCGGUAUGUGUACCAUGGCAUCAAUAUAUACAACCACUAGUCACCGUUUAUAAAGAUUUGUCAGCUUUUAUUUUAUCCUCUUCUCUCUUCCUCUAUUGCUGCAGCCUGCAGCGCCUUCAAUGCCAGCAUGCCUAUCUCAACAGGAGCUUCUACUCAUUCGUGGCAUCCAGUUAUGAGUGCAGACACCACAGAACCCCGUUACUGGUGGAACUGGAGAUUUUUCCUCUGUGCAAUAUGGGUGCUGGUUUCCAUGAUCGCAGCUUCCAUUCUUAUAUGGAAAUAUGAAGGUCAUGAUGGAGAAAGAAGCCAGAGAGGAGCUGAGAAUCAGCGUUCCCCUGUGGGUACUUUGUAUGCUGACGAGACCUGGAGACCUUGUCUCAAGCAACUCCAUCCUGCCUGGCUUCUGGCUUUCCGAGUUUUAGCAUUUUCCCUGCUUUCAGCAUUGCUAGCCAUCUAUGUUGUUGUCGAUGGACGCGGUGUAUUUUACUACUAUACUCAGUGGACCUUCACCUUGGUUACUCUUUAUUUUGGGCUUGGCUCUUUACUGUCUGUCUAUGGCUGCUACCAAUAUGUGAAUAAAGUUGGUGGUGCCAAGGUCAAUCAUACAAGGUUAGACCAUGAGCAAGGCGAGUGUAUAGCACAUACAGAUGUGGGAAAUUCCAAUGCUCGUUCCAUGAAGAAAUGUUCAGUUUCCCAGGAAGAACACUGUGACCGCGAAAUUGCUGGAUUUUGGGGUUAUCUCUUCCAAAUCAUCUACCAAACAAAUGCAGGGGCAGUGAUGUUGACUGAUUGUGUGUUCUGGCUUGUUCUUUUCCCUUUUCUUACCAUGAAGAAGUAUGAUCUAAAUUUUUUUUUGGUUGGUAUGCAUUCCGUCAAUGCAGUCUUUCUACUGGCUGAUACUUUCUUAAAUCAACUGCGUUUUCCCUGGUUCCGGAUAUCCUACUUCCUACUGUGGACUUCCAUAUAUGUCAUAUUUCAGUGGAUUGUUCAUGCUUGUGUCCCAGUCUGGUGGCCUUAUCCAUUUCUUGAUUUGUCAUCAAAUCAUGCACCGUUAUGGUACUUGCUGUUGGCGGUGUUGCAUGCCCCUUGCUAUGCCAUCUUCUCAUUUGUCAUCAAGUUGAAGCACUUCUUGCUAUCUAAGUGGUUUCCUCAAUCUUACCAAUGUCUCAAGUGAAUCAAUAUAUUAUAGAGUAAAUGAGAGUCAGGUCUGCCAUUGCAGUGCUAUUAGUGGUUGCCACCAUCCCAUGGAAAUAUAUUUUAUUGGAUGGAUGAGCCAUGCAGGGGAUAUAUAUUAUAUACGUACACACACAAAAGCACCAUCAAAAA